AUGCCGGCAAUGGAGACAAAUCUAUCACAAAAAGUGUCUUGCACCGUUAACUUCGCGUAUGAUGCAUCAGAAGCGGACGAGCUGACGAUCAGACCGGGGGACGUGAUACGCGACGUUGAAAGAUUGCCCGGGGGCUGGUGGCGAGGCGAGUUACGUGGAAACCGCGGCAUGUUCCCGGACAACUUCGUUUCUCUUCUAAACGAACAUGCUACUACGAGAUCAACGGGCGUGCAAGGGCGGUGUCGGGCUCUGUACAGCUAUCAACCAGUCAAUCCGGAUGAAUUGGAACUCUGCGUCGGCGACGUGCUUGAAGUUUUAGGAGAGGUAGAGGAGGGCUGGUGGCAAGGUCGACGCCAGGGUCGCGUGGGUGUGUUUCCAUCUAACUUUGUUGUGAUGCUCGACCCACCGCAGCCGGCACCCUUCGAACUCGCUCCAGCGCUCCCACCGAAGCCAGUAAAGGAGCAAUGUCGGGUGCUGUUCACUUAUGCUGCCGUGAACGACGAUGAGCUGAACCUCAACGAAGGCGACAUCGUUACUGUUAUAUCGAAGGAAGCCCCCGAUCGAGGCUGGUGGCGGGGAGAACUGCACGGUCGCGUCGGGCUCUUCCCCGAUAACUUUGUACAGUUGUUGCCUGCCGCCACAGCAGAAGUUGAAGAGAAGAAACCCGAACGUCCAUCAAAAGCCGCGACCAACUCGAUUUAUCCCAUACUCAAUAAAUACACAGAAAAAACCGCCUCGGUCAAGGAGUUGACUACGUCUAAGAUAAGUAUGCACAAAGACAACCCUCUCAGCAAAGAGACUAGCACACAUAGUACAGUCACGCACACAAGUAAGAAUGAAACUGAGAAAUUUAUUCACAACGAAGCAGCUACAGACGGAAGUAUCGACGGCCAGGUAAAGAAACCGCCGGUGCCGUUAAAGAAAAGUCCGACGCCCGUAUCCGGGGUCGGAGGCUUGCUCAGCGGACUGAAGAAUAAAAUGCUAUCAUCUUCUGACAAAGAAAAAUCGACGCCUGUUGUUGUGGAUUCGGACCGACCGGACGGCGCUACGUCCAGCAAGCCAACACCCAACGCCAACGCAGCAACCACGACCAACGCCAACACGACCAACACCAACACGCCCAACACCAACACGCCCAACAUCAACGCACCCAACAAUAGUACGUUCGACAAUAUCGAACGUAACUCCAUACUCAACGAUCCUAGAGCGGGCAGAGUCAAAGCACCAAGACGACGGCCACCUAGUCAGGUCCUACGCGACGACACGCCGCAGCAAAUAGGACUUAGCAACGGACACGAAGUACCGGCGAGCGAAAAGCCCCCGCCGGAGAAAGCGGAAGAGAUAAAACCGCGCGCCCGCGAGUGGGAGAAGCACAAGGCUCCCUGGAUGGAGGAGUUGAAGUUGAACCAGGCGAAGAAGACCAGCUUCGCUGCGGACGGCAAGGCGCGGUCCGUCUCCAGCUCGGCAGAGAGCAGCGCGCUGGCCAGCAGGGCGGGCGGCGGGAGCACCGACAGAAUCCUGGAAUGCGGUUUGGACGAGAAGAGAUCAACGCAUUCUAUGGAAAUGUCUAAGAGCACCUCAUCCAUCACCAGUCGAAUGUGCGUUCUAGAAAGUUUCGAAGAGACAAAGGUACGUCACUCGUUGGAUUCUAAAAAGGAAACGCCCGAUAGGAGUACCCCUGAUCCGGUGCCUGUCAUUAAACCGGUCAUGCAUUCCCCCACCGCCGCAGGUCGAACAUUUUUAUCAAUGGUUGACGACGUGAAGAAACCUCCCGCCCCCGCCCCGCCCGCCGCACCCACCGACAAGGCACCCAGCACCAAACACGACAAGCACGCUACAGAUAAAAUCGAAAUGAACUCUACGAAGACAUCCAGUGUGUUCGAGAAGUCUAGUACGGUCGAGAGAGUGGAACGGAUCGAGGAGAGGUCGCCCGAGAAGCCGGUGGCCGCAGUCGGAGGUGACAGGACCAGCGCGUCCAGUACUCUCGAGCGGAGGCCGCAGCCCAGCAGGGGGGAGAAGGCGCCCCCGGCAGAUGGAACCGACGCGCUCAUUGCGCAGCUCAACUACAGGAUAUCGAACCUCGAGAAACUAAUAGAAGUACAGAACAGCAUGUUCAAGGCGUCUAUUGAGGAGCUGAACGCGAAAUUGAAACUUGAAUCCGAGAAAAGACAAGCCCUUCAGACCGAAAUAGAGAAACUUGCACACUGCGUGACGCAAGUCUAGUGAGUGACGUUAUCAUGAAGUUGAAGUAUCGUUCAAAUUGAAUCCUGUAAGAUUGAGGUAUUCCCGACAACGGCGCAAUUGAUUGUAGGACGGAAUUUGCUGUCGUAAAAUACAAAACCAAACUAGGCGUAGAUUUUUAUUUAUUGCCAUUGUAAGCAGACGAGCAUAACCACCUGACGGUGAGUAUUUACUGUCGCCCAUGGACCUCAGCAACGCCCCUGGUCAGAGCCAAGCCGCUGUCUACCGCAUAAUACAAACGAAAUUCUUGUUAGAUAUUAUGUCUUCGAAGUGUUUCAAAAGUGACUUUUAUUAAAUAAUAUCUGGUCCCACAGUCGCAUUUAGUCUAGUAAAUAUUGAAUUGUAGUCGCCGUGGCUGGUUUUGUGGGUUCUGUAGAAGCGAACGCGUUUAUAUAUACGGUAGGCAUAGAUCGGAAAUAGUUCAAUACAUUUUCACCUGAAACAUGUUGCGUUAAUCAUUCAUUCUAGCGUCCUAAAUAAAAGUUUACAAAUCAUAUAAACGUUUUAGCUAGAAAAAUAUGAUCUAGAUUUUUUAGUCUAAAAUAAAACAUAGAUUUUUUGAAUUAAAGAGAUUGUAGUCAAUAAUGGGAACGUCAAUAAACUCUCGACGUCGAAUAGCUAAAAAAAAUGUAGUAAAAAAGGAACCUGAUCGUUAGUGGAUAAAUAAAACUAACAAAUGGGCGAUUGUGUUCAAGUAAUUUUACAAAAAAAUAAAAAAAAUGUUUAGCGAAGGUCUACUCUAUUCUAAUUCUGUUCGCAGAGUAAAUACAAUUAUAACUUUAUUACUAUUGUCCGAAACCUCCGCGUAGAUCGGUGUAAUGUACAAUUUGGUUGCUUUGAUAGAUCGGAAUUACACUGGAUAUUUAUCUGGAUUUAUUACGUCGGAAUAGAGUCAAUAAUGAGCACAAAUAAAAUCUUAACAGAUUUUUAUUACGCUGCAUUAGGUUUGGUAAUUUCUAAUGGAUCUAAUUAUGCCUCUGAGUAUAUUUGCAAAAAUAUGUAAAGUGAUAAAUCAGUGUUUUUGUAAAAAAAUUCUUACCUAUUUUAUUAAUCACAAAAUGUACCUAUACUUUGUGUAAUUUAUAAUGAAUCUAGUAAAACAUCAGUGACUUAUGUCGUUCUUUUGUUGAUAAUAUUAAUCCUUUGAGCGCAAACCGUCGAUAGAUCGACUUAUUCAUGCGUAGAAAGUGCGGACCUGUACGGACGUGUCUUAGCGCGCGCAUGUAUCCCGUUUUAAAUAAGUUAAAAACAAUUUAAAAUUAUUUUGCUGUGAAUUUAGCAUUGAUUGCUGUA